AUGAAUGGCGAAGUGCUGGUGGGCAUCCUCGGCGGCGUCGGGCCCGCGGCCGGGCUCGUCCUGCACCAGGAGAUCCUCCGCAACACGCUGAACGACGGGACCGACCAAGGCCAUCUCGACGUCGUGCAUAUCUCGCGCUCGUCCGACAUGGCGGCGCGGCCGGCGUACCUUGCGCAGCUUGAAGCGGGCGAGACCACGGCCGACGACGACCAUAAUGCGAUCGAGAACCCUGCGUACGGCAUGGCGCGCAGCUUGAGCAUGCUCGUGCUCGCGGCUGAAGCGCGGUCGGCGCGCCUCAUCGUCGGUGUGCCCUGCAACACGUUCCAUGCGUCGCCGAUCUGGGACACGUUUGCUGCGCUCGUCGCCGCCGAGCACGCCGACCACGUGACCUUGCUGCACAUGCUGGACGAAGCCGUCGCGAUGAUCGGCAGGCUCGCGCCCCACGCCACGACCAUUGGCGUAAUGUCAACGACCGGGUCGCGCCGCGCACGCAUCUUCCACGACCGGCUGGAACCCGCGGGCUACACGGUGGUUCAAGUCCCCGACCAUGUCCAGGACGCGCUCAACGACUCGAUCUACAACACCGAGUGGGGCAUCAAGAGCACGUCGCCGAGCAUCCACCCGCGCGCUGUGCAAAACUUUCAAAGCUACGCCAAGCUGCUCGCGCACAUGGGCGCGCAGGUCGCGAUCCUCGGCUGCACAGAGAUCCCACUCGCGCUCACAGGCUCGGAGAUCUAUGGCAUGCUUCUCGUAGAUCCGAUGGUCGCGCUUGCACGGGCCAUGGUACGGUCGGCCGCCCCCGCCAAACUCGUGCCCCUCGACAUCAAGCUGCCGAGAGAUGUCCAUCUUGGCAAGCCAAAGCGCACGCUGAGUGUACGAAGCGACUCGGUCGACCUCACGGACGCGUGCGAGACGCUCCGAUGA